AUGGCAAAACAUGACAUGUUUAACUUUGGGAGUAAGAAAAGGUACAGUUUAGCUGUUGGUCCUCCCAAAAAGGUUCCAAAAGUCAAGGGUGUAGAGUCUGCAGCAGUGCAAGCAUUUCUCAGACGGCAAGAAGAAGAAAAAAGAAAAAAAGCACUGGAAGAAAGAAGAAAGAAAGAAGAACUCUUGGCUAGACGUAUUGAACUAAAACAUGACAGAAAGGCAAGAGCUAUGGCCUCACGAACAAAAGAUAAUUUUUAUGGCUAAAAAAACAUUCCUGUUGAAGAGAAGCCUAAAAAGAGGAGGGCUUGUGAGAAUGUUGCUCAGGCCCCAGAGGCUGAGUAUGCAACAGAAGAUGAAACUGAACAACUGGAAUACAGUCAGACUGAAUCUGAGCAUGAGCAAGAAGAAUAUGAAGAGAAACCAUCCAAAGCUGCAGUGAAACCAAAGGCACCUCCCAAAACUGCACCAGCACCUCUGAACUUUGCAGAGCUCUUAAGGCUUGCUGAAAAAAAACAAUAUGAACCCGUGGAAAUAAAAGCAGUGAAAAAGGUAGAAGAGAGACCAAGAACAGCAGAAGAAUUGAGAGAGAUGGAGUAUUUGGGACGCAAAAACAAGAGAAUAGAAAUGCAUAAGAAAAGUGAGAAGGAGAUUAAGAACACAGGGCUAUCCAAUUCUUCAAAAAAAGUGACUUCUCAGAGAGAAUCUGUAAAUGCAAAACUUAACAAAUGCUCAGUAGACAAACAUUCCGCACCAAAAAGCAGCCUGUCGUCUUCUAUGAGCAGUAUGGAUAAGAAAUCCAAAGCACCAGCAUUGACUGAAAAACACUCACGUUCAUCAUCUUCAUCCAGAUUUGAUCAAAAGGAAAAAACCUCACAAAAUGGCUCCUUAAAAAGCUCUACUGGUAGCAGUCAUAGUAAAUUACCUGCCAAUGGUACUGGAAAGUCUGGCUCAAGCUCUCAUGUGCCACCCUCAAAACCAAUGGCCAGUGGGGCUCAGAGGCUACCAUCUGCUAAAGAAUCCAGCCUGAAAAAGUCUGCCCAUACAAACUCAGGAAAUGCUGCAGCCCUUCAGCAUGGAAUCAACUCAAAUGCAAAACGAUCAGGCAGCAGCUUAGGAAAAGGAGGACCUGGACAUCCAGGUGGUGGUUCAAGUGCUGGACCUGGGCGAUCAAGCAGCAAUUCUGGUGUGGGACCUGGAAGGCCAGGAAGUGGUUUAAGCCCAGGACCUGGGCCAGCUGGCAGCUCAAGCACAGGACCCGGGCGACUGGGCGGUGGCUCAGGCACGGGACCUGGAAGGCCUGCUGGCAGCUCAAGCAUGGGACCUGGGCGACCAGGCAGCAGCUCAAGCAUGGGGCUUGGGCGACCAGGCAGCAGCUUGGGCACUGGGCCAGGAAGGCCAGGCAUCAGCACAAACGCAGGACCUGGACGACCAGUCAGCAGCAUGGGUACAGGACCAGGAAGGCCAGGAGUCAAGCCAAGCACUGGACCUGGGCGACCAGGCAGCAGCUUGGGAACAGGACCAGGAAGGCCAGGAAUCAGUCCAAGCACAGGAGCCAAGAGACCAGGCAGCAGCUUGGGAACAGGACCAGGAAGGCCAGGCAUCAGCCCAAGCGCAGGACCUGGGCGACCAGGCAGUGGCUUGGGUACAACUGUAAAACCGAAGUGUACUGUUGUAUCGGAAACUAUUUCUUCUAAAAACCUUGUUGCGAAACCUAGCAAUGGACAGAUAAAUGGAAUGAGAUCUUUUCAAGGGCAUAGACCUGUGUUUCAUCCACAAGGUUUUGGCAGACCACCUAUUAGUUAUAAGAGACAAAUAGAUGAUGAUGAUGAUGAUGAAUAUGACUCUGAAAUGGAUGACUUCAUUGAAGAUGAAGGGGAGCCCCAAGAAGAAAUAUCAAAACAUAUUCGGGAAAUAUUUGGCUAUGACCGGAAGAGAUACAAAGAUGAAAGUGAUUAUGCCUUACGUUAUAUGGAGAGCAGCUGGAGAGAGCAACAGAAAGAAGAAGCUAGGAGCUUGAGACUUGGUGUUCAGGAGGACUUAGAAGAAUUGAGACGGGAAGAAGAAGAAUUAAAACGCAAGAGACAGUCUAAGAAGCUGAGGACACGUUAG